AUUCUACAGGCUUAAUUCUUUUAUUGUUUAAUUUCUGUCCUCUUCUACUGUUGUUAUUGAUUCUAUUACUGUCAUGGUCGACGAUCCUGCGGCUCUGCGGCUUCGAUGGGGUUUAGCGCGGCUGUCACCUUAAGAGGCAAUAAUACUCUCUCUACUCAUCUGUACAACGCGAGCUUCUCGUCUCUUUCACUCUCGCAUCCCGUAGCUUCACGCUCUUUAGUUCCCCUCAAUUCACGUUUUCUGAUUCAUCAAAGACAAUGAUGACCUCUCGAUAUUAAACGCAACCUUGUCGUGUCCACACGACCGACGUUUACCUCCCUGUGCCUUGCGCCGCGGAUCUAGGCCGACAACACCACCGACGUAGACCCUCCAUCGAUUCCUUUUCCUCCGUGACGACGUGGGAAAACGCGACAAUAAUCCCAUCCUCUCCUUGAUUUGUUCAUCGGAUAUCCGUUUCGCGCGUCAUCAUGGCUCAGCAGACCAAGAGUCUGCGGGACCAGGUCUCGCAGCUCGAGGCGGCGCGCAAUCUCGUCCUGGGUGAUGCCGCCUUCUACCCUCAAAUCGUGAACGGCAUUUUACCGAUCAUAGGUGCCACAGCACAACUUGAAUUGCGGAGGUGGGGAGCCGAGUUUCUGGCGGAAACAUUCGCCAGUCCCGCGCUGGCCGCGGCGCAGAAGGAACAGCUCGCUGGACCUGUGGUGCAGACACUGAAGGAGAUAUUGGAGCUGCCAGAGGAGGAUAUAGCGGUUGUUAAAUAUGUGGUACAGGCUGCGGCGAGUCUUUACCCGAUCGUCUUCAGACACAUCAUAAAUCAUCCGGAAGACGCGGCCAUGUGGGAGAAAAUGACGGCUCUCAAACAGAUUAUCCUCCGGAGAUGGGACAGUGCUCCUUACCCAGUCAAGGUGUGCUGUAUCAAAUUCGUCCAGAGGGUGGUUCAUGUCCAGACUGCAGGCCCUAUCUCAGAUCCUAGACGUCCCGAUAAAAACGAGACGUCCCUAGCCAUUGUCCCGAGGAACCAUGCUAUCCUAUCGCUACCAAAUCUCGAAGCAGAAUCAUCUGGUCUGUUAGACAGACUUCUCAUGGUCUUACAAGAGGAUUCAAGUGAUGCGGUUUUAGUCAAUGCGACCUUGAACUGUCUUGCAGUCUUGAUUCGAACUCGACAGUCUAUAGCCGCUAAGAUCAUCGAUUCAGUUCUCACUUUCGAUCCCGUCAAACAUAUAAACGGCUCAAUGUCUCCCACUCUUCGUGUGAACCUCAAAUCGAUGGAACGAACAGCUAGAGCGUUGCUGAUAAAUGUGAUGAAGAGGAACCCGAACCAUCCGCUCGCGCCCAAGAUGCAGCAGUACAUUGAUCGACUAUCCCAGUCCCGGCUCGAUGUCUUCGAUGAAACGUCGCGAAAGCGUGGCCUACCUGCGGAGCCAACGGAUGGACUCGAUAAUACAAAGCGGGCGAAACUCGGCGCAGACACACCUCCUAUUUUCAAGAUUCCCCCUCUUCCACCUGGCCAGAUCAGUUAUGCGCAGCUUUACACGUUAACGGAGGACGUGGGUCUUUCAACCUUCGACGUGAAGCAACUUCCCAUCGAUCUUAUUGUCAAGAUUACGGUCCCUGUUCUAGGUCGGGUCGACCAAGGAGCCUUGACCCAGGCUAUCGAGGCUGUGCGAUCACGGUAUCAAACCUUGAGUAGUAGGCAACAGGCCACGCAGCAACAAGCAGCCGUCGAAGAGGAAGAUGACGAUUAUGAACCUGAAUAUUCUCCCAUGGAUGUCCCUGAUAACGCUAUCGGUGAGACACAGACUACAUCCACUGAAGUUGCGGAAAUGCAGCCAGACCUAGUGUCUCUGGGGCCUUUUGUUUUGCCGCGGCCCCCGCCAUUGACGGAAGAUGAAGCAAAAGAAAUAGGCAAGAGUACGGCUGAAAGAGUGUUUAGCAUGGUAACAUCUAUGGACGCUCCACGAAAGACGGCAAAGGGUUCGAGUCAGCAACAACUUGGCUUUUCGCGUUUGGCUGGUAGCACAUUUGAUCGGGAUGCGUGGGUGACGCUGCUCACCAGACUUGCUACGCGAGCAUCUGGCGGCUUGGAAUCCGAGGAAGACAACAUAAAGACCGAGGAGGGCGUGCCUCCCAAAAAGCCGACGAUAUCCGACUCGAUACGAGAGUUAUUGUAUCGAUAUAUCCUCGAAGAUUUCAGGUCACGGAUAAACGUUGGCAUCACGUGGUUGAACGAAGAAUGGUACAACGACCGUAUCCAGCUGAAGUUUGCUGGCUCACAACGGCUCGAGGACUCAGACGAGGUAUAUGUACCACUGCAUUAUGAUCGCUGGGUUUUGAGAUUGCUCGACGGUAUUCUACCAUAUGUGGAUGCUCGAGAUAAGAUCCUUAUUCGCUUCCUGAGCGAAAUUCCGGAAAUCAACACAGCCAUCAUCGAAAGAGUAAAGAGCCUUGCGAGGGACCCGGAGAGAGUAAAUCUCUGUGUUCAAGCUCUGUUAUAUCUUGUCAUGUUUCGGCCACCUGCUCGGGAAGUAUGCCUCGACGCUCUGGAGGAUAUCUACCGGACCUACGAAGAAUCUCGGCCCGUGGCGGGGAAGUUCCUUAUCAAAUGGCGACCACAUGUGGUUGAGCCGCAACAAGCGCAACCCGUCAAACCGCCCCAGCAAACUGAAGGCCAUACUUCCAGCAAUGGUGAAACCCCAGCAGUUCAGCAACCGCAACAAGAAAUGAACACAGCAGCAGGCUAAAGUGACAAGGGAUGUCUCUCUAAUAAAAUCAACCCUUAAACUUGGCUUGACCCCUAUCAGCAGCAAAUUCCCCACAUAUCAUCGCUCCCUGACAUUGAAACACGAUGGAACAUGGCCGGAAAGAAAACAAGGAUUUCUUUAUGUAUUUUUAUUUUCUUUCUUCUCGCAUCUGUGACUGUAUUCAGAAAACACUGUUCGGGGUGGGGCGGCUGAGGCCGUUCUGUAUAACAAAACAAAACCAAAUAUCUGGGUCCUCGGUGUCUUGCAUACGUUCUAGAGCCGAGUUUGGAUGGGAUAGCAUAUCAUAUCAUAUAAUUUAGCUGCCGGUAGGAAAAGAAGACCUGGCGGUUAUUUCGAAGCUGUCUAAUCUCGGUACAUAAUUCUGGUUUACGUUCCAGUUCUAGUGUUCUAAUCUGAUCGCUCAAAAUGAAGUGAACUUGUCCACUUA